ACCCACCCAUCACUUCACAAGCAGCCUCUCCCUGGCCUUUCCUCAGCUCCUUCUGCCCCUGCACUACUCUGAUGCUCCUUGUGCACCUACUUCCUCCAGGAAUAUUUUGUCCUCGAUCCCACAUCAUGGGCUGGUUGCUCAGUGAAGCAAUUUCUCAACCGGAGCUCUGGAGAAAUCACAACCUCUUCUAGGGUGAUGCUGCAGAAAGAAGCACAUCCACUAUUCCCCCAGGCCUCGCUGGAGCUGUGCCUGCAGAGCACCGGGGCCACGCAACCUCCCCCCCCUGUGGGGGCUCUGGCCAUGAUUGGCGCCCUGUGUCCUGAUGUCACCUGCUGGCAGGGUAUAUCUGGAGGAGGAAGGACACCUCGAGACUUUUUCUACCCAGACUGCAGGACAGAAGUUGAAUGAUUUGCAAGAGGAGCCCUUGGGACUAAGGAUCUGAGCAAGGCAUACUCCUGUUGCACAAAACAGCCCAGCAAUGAGCGAGAAUCCCACCACCAACCUCAACACUGGAGAUGCUCCGACUGGUCCCACCACACCACGCAAGGGGCCUCCCAAGUUCAAGCAGAGACAGACAAGGCAGUUCAAGAGCAAGCCUCCUAAAAAAGGAGUAAAAGGGUUUGGAGAUGACAUCCCAGGCAUGGAGGGGCUGGGCACAGAUAUCACAGUGAUUUGCCCAUGGGAAGCUUUCAGCCAUCUGGAACUGCACGAGCUGGCCCAGUUUGGGAUCAUCUAAAGCCCCAGCAUCUCUACUGGUGUCACCUGGUGACUCCACAGAACCCACCAUGGUCUUCAUCACCUUUGACACUGAUUUUUGGCCCUUACAUCCACCUGUUCAUGGACAGGGUGAUUUUGUAAGAGCUAGUUAUGAGGAAGUCCUUUGCAAAUUAAUUUGUCAAAGAAGCUAUUCAGGACCCUGAACAGACUACAUGCUCCAUGUGAUGAAACUACUGAAAAUGUCUUAAUGUCUCCCUGCACCAUACCCUCUCUUCUCCCACUGUUGUAGAUCUUCAUGUGUAUGCAGAAAAUGGGAGGGUUUAUUUGAACCUUUUCCCUGGUUAGCUGAGAUAGUGUGUGCAUGGGUGUGCAUGUAUGUCUAGACCUCAUUGUAUCAAGCCCAUUCUUUUUAAUUCCUUCAUUCCUGACAGUUUUCUAUGUAGUAUUUCCACUGGUAUAUUCCCAGGUUUUCUGGACCACCAAUUAGAUGCUGAGACUGUAUCUGUAGAGAAGAGAAUCAGAGUAAGUAGUUGAGCCAUUAGGGCGUUUUUAAGCAGCAGGAGAGCCUCCCCCAGGGUUCACCGUAAGGAAUCUGCUGCUGAGGUUCACCUCAUCAAGAAAGGGGGAAAGGGCUCAGAAAUGUUCUCUCUGCUGUACUACCCACCAGCUUAUGAGCCAGAAAAUUCUGGCUGUUCUAGUAAUGCUGAAUGAAAACACAUGUGUCUGAGAUCAAAAACUAAAUGAAUUAAUUAAUCCUUCUCAUUCCUUUGUGAACCUGAGUGGUUGGGAUUCCAAAGAAACAACCCUCCAAAUGGCAUUUGGUGUCCUCUCCUUCGAUGGCAGGCUCCUGUGUGACAUUUAUUCUGUCCCUAAAGCCGUACAUAUUUACAUGAGGAGUUUGCUCCCCAGGACAUGUUGCUGGUUCAGAAGACAUAACAGUUUGCCACCAAACAGUGCCAGUAGUCCCAUCUCAUCUAGCAGAAGAUGGUAUUGAAUUACUUGCUCUCUCUUCCCUGUAUUUAGCAUGGACAAGUCUCUCUUCAUCCCACCCAUCGGCAGGAAGGCUUUUCCCCUCACCCUCUGGCAGCUUCAAGCUCCAAAGCCUGUCUGGACAAGCAGGCAAAUGGUUGUUCCCCCAGGAGAGAUAAGAGCAGAGCAGGUGGGGAGGCAGGGGGAGACUAGGAUUUGCAGGCAAGCACGGAGCAAAUCCACUUAACCUCAUCGAUUUUUGUCUCCUGGUCUCUGGCAGCCUGAGCACUGGCAAGCAGGGAGGCACUUGUAACCACUUAAGUGCUCAGGGAAGGCACCGAGACUCCCUGCUACCCUGGCGUUAGGGAGGGAAGGGGGUUCAUUUUGGUCAGAGGCAAGGAGUAAGCGUUGCUGUAGCUAUGUGAUAUUCAGAAGGGGAGAUGGCAUUUUGAAUCAUUGCCUUCAGUUUCACAAGCCUCCUUGCAUACGAACUACCUCCCCCUGGUUUAUCUUUCCUAUGCUGAGCAUGUUCACAGGAGCAAGGAAUGGCUGUGGAGAGGACAGCAAGUCCUGCCUGCAAGAUCGAUCCCCACGCAUAAAGCAUUGCUAUAAAUCCAUGGCUGUGCUAUAGUUAUCAGCUAAUGUCGUGCCAGAAAUAAAAGCUAGCAGUUUUCAUUUAAAAUAUAGCUUCAGCACUAAAAGCUAAAGGAAAUUCUUGCUGGCAGUCCAGAGUAGAGCUUUAUUAUUCAGCACUCCUGUCAUUAGCAACAGCAGUAAACCAGCGCGGGUUCAGACCAGCAGCACAAUCACAGCACUGGAGUCAUGUACCAUUUCGCUAAUUGCUGUACACAAUAUUUCCCUGGGCAGAGGCGGUCUGUCCUUUCCGCUCACUCCUCAUUUCUCACAUCUUUCUAACCUUUUAAGGUUGUUCUUCCUUCCCUGAGUGUUCUGAAUGUAAAUGACAUUUUAUUUAGCUUUUACUGCGGGAGACUGAUUCCAUUUUUCUUCAAGCUUGUGCUAGCCCUCUCCUUUUGUGGUUAAAUGUGAAUGUUCCUAUGUCAAUGCUCCUGCGAUUUCCCUCAUGUUACGCCAUCUUGUAGCAUGUGAUCCUUAUUUUACUUUCUCAGUCUAUCCUCUUCUAUAUGGGAAAAGACACAAUGGAUACAGUUUGGGAUCCUGCAAGCUGGCUGCCUCUAUUUUCACAGAGUUUCUCCUUAUUUUAAGCAGGAAUACACCAACAGGAGAACAUUUAAAUUAGUCCUUUUGCUCCGUUAUCAUCCCAGACCUUGGGAAAGCAGUACAAAAAUAGUGAGAUUAUCAGUCACAAAAUACUGGUGUAAAAACAAAGUUCUCCCUAGUCCAGAGACAAGAAUUUCAGCAAAUGGGAAGGUCCUGAUGUAGUUCUACAUCAGACUGCCAUAAUCCCUGCUCCCACCAGAGAACCACGCCUCCAGCAGGAAUGCACACAUACCCGUCUCAUGCUUGGCUGAAGAGCUUUGCCAGAAGAUGUUCUGAGUCACCACAGUGUGUUAGUUAACUUAAAAAAAAAAAAAAAUCAUUUCUAUGCAGUAAUAGGGAUUACAUUUGUUCCUGUACUUGUAAGGAGUUCCAAGACUUAGAAGAAAAGUCUUUAAACAUCCUCACAGUUGUUUUGUCUUGUCUGAGGGUCCAAGUUUUUUCUAAAGAGAUAUAACCUCUGAAGCUUUAAUUUCUCAAGCAGUGAGAGAUGGCUGUGGUACAAAAAGCAAAUAUAUUUAAAUAGUUUGUUGAAGGACUGCAGUCUAUAUACAUUGUAAUAUGUUAUUCUUUGUUCUUUUACUAUAAAAACAAGUCAAAAGCAAUAAAAAAAUUAAACAAAAA